AUGUCCACUACGGCAGAGUUCAUUUUGACAGGCUUAAUAAUCUUUCCUUUAAGCCUUUUCGCAAUCGCCUCUUCUUUUAAUAAUCCUUCUUUCUCUCUCGUUAUUUUUCGUAACCUCUCUUUCUUUCUAUCUUUUUCUUCCUGGUUUUUCUUUUUCUCCUCACAGUCUCCAUUGUUUUUUUUUUCCUUAUCCCUCAAUAACUAUCUUUUUUUUUUCUUUCUAAAAUCUUUAUCUCUUGACUUGUGUUCUCUUUCUUUUUUUCUUUCUUUCCUUCGAUAUUAUAUAUCUCCUUACGUGAUUCUUCUUUUUCUUCACCAUUUUCCUUCGUUACAUUUAGUUCUUUCUUUCUUUCUUUUUAUUUACUUUUUUUUGCUUUUAACUUUGUUUUUUACUCUCUUUUUUAACACUCAGCAUUACUCUUACCUUUUUCUCGUCUUAAUAUUUCCUUUCUUCUUCUCAGAUGGUCGUUUUAUAUUUUCUUACUAUCUAUGGCUUUUUUCUACCUAUUUCAACCGUCAAACCCAAAUUUCGUUUUUCGCCAUUUAUUUUCUAAUCCUAUAUUCAUUUGCUUCUCCCGCCCUAAAUAAAGAAGACAUUUUUCCUUCUAUUUCCUCCUUUUAUUUACCCACUUUCUGCUUUUUCUUUUCCCCAAUUGAAUUGGUCAUUCUUAUUUUCUUCUUCUUCUGUCUUUUCUGUCGAUUAUUUCUUCCGCGUUUCCCUUUUUUCCUUUCUGCCACCGUAGAACGGGCAAUGUUCGGAUGA